GGACUAGUACAAGGGAGUGAAGAUGACCUCCCUGAGUUGCUGUGAUGACUGGCAGCUUCAGAGCCACACCCACUUCUCCCCAGAUUACAUAAAAUGAAUGAACAGGUUGGACUGUGAAGCUACUUUCCAAGCUUCUCUGUGACUUCUCUUUUCCGGCCACCUUCAAUUGAACAAAGGGGCGAGGAAGUCAAGCUCAUGGUGUGCCUGAGCACGAUGGCGAGGAACACCGAUAUGCGCUGGCGCUUACCGUUGAUUUGCCUGGUCUGGGAGGUGGCCAUGAUUGUCCUUUUUGGGAUUUUCGUGCGCUUCAACCCGGAGGCGAACGUGGCUGAUUGGGAGAAGGAAAAACAGCAAAGGAACGUCUCUGAUAUUGAGAAUGAAUUCUACUUCAGGUACCCCUCUUUCCAAGAUGUCCAUGUGAUGAUCUUUGUGGGCUUUGGCUUCCUCAUGACCUUUCUUCAACGUUACGGCUUUGGAGCUGUUGGCUUCAACUUUCUCCUUGCUGCCUUUGGGAUCCAGUGGGCUCUUCUGAUGCAGGGCUGGCUCCAUACCUUUGAGCAUGGAAGGAUACUCAUUGGAGUAGAAAGCCUGAUUAAUGCAGAUUUCUGCGUGGGUUCUGUUUGUAUCGCCUUUGGUGCCAUUUUGGGCAAAGUCAGCCCCGUCCAGCUGCUCAUUAUGACACUGUUUCAAGUGACCCUCUUCUCCGUCAAUGAAUAUAUCCUGCUUGAUCUGCUCCAUGUGAAAGAUGCUGGAGGAUCCAUGACCAUACAUACAUUUGGUGCUUACUUUGGCCUAACGGUGACCUCUAUUUUGUACCGGCCCAACCUCGAGCAGACCAAAGACAAGCAGGAAUCUGUUUACCAUUCAGAUCUUUUUGCCAUGAUCGGAACCUUGUUUCUAUGGAUGUAUUGGCCCAGCUUUAACUCAGCCAUUUCCAAUCACGGGGAUGCACAGCACCGAGCUGCCAUCAACACCUAUUGUUCCCUUGCUGCUUGUGUCCUCACUUCUGUGGCCUUCUCCAGUCUCUUGCAAAAGAAGGGAAGGUUGAACAUGGUCCAUAUUCAAAAUGCCACCCUGGCCGGUGGUGUGGCCGUGGGAACCUCUGCUGAAAUGAUGCUCACCCCAUAUGGUGCUCUCAUUGUGGGCUUCCUCUGUGGCAUUGUGACGACCAUCGGAUACGUCUACAUCACACCUUUCCUAGAUGCCAAGCUACAUAUCCAAGACACCUGUGGCAUCCACAACCUUCACGGAAUGCCAGGUUUAAUUGGAGGCAUCGUGGGGGCCGUCACUGCUGCCGCUGCUACAGAAGGAGUCUAUGGAAAGAAAGGGCUCAUCAACAUGUUUGGCUUCACCGGAGAAUAUCGGGAUCGAACACCCAGUAUCCAAGGAGGAUUCCAAGCAGCUGGCAUUGCAGUAUCACUAGCUAUGGCUUUGGUAGGAGGAGCUAUUGUAGGUGGCAUUUUGAAACUGCCCUUCUUUGGUGACCCUACAGAUGAAAACUGCUUUGAAGAUAAUGUCUACUGGGAAGUCCCUGGCGAUGAAGAGAGCAACCUUUACUGCCUGCAUGACUCCAAUGCUAAGCCUGUGAUUAACCCUUAACCUGGGACAUUAACAGCCGAAGGGGUGAUCAAUCUCUGCAUUUGAAAUUCCUUUUUUUAAAAAAACAGCAGAAUCAAGGAAACUGAAGAAGGGAAAAAUAUUAUCACUCAAAUGAAGAUCUUUUUUUUUAAAAAAAAAACAUGAAUUCUGGCAAAAAAAUUAUGCAAACAAAUAAUAAGGAAGUUGAGAAGGGUGGAUCCUCGGAUUCAGAAGCAUAUUGCUAAAACCAAAACAAGUUAUGAAAAAAAAAAAACAUAGAAGUAAUAAGCAAUAAAAUUUUAGACCUCAUUGAUCAAUAAAAAAUGAGCCAGGCAUUCCCCAUAGAGCUCUUAAAAUGAAAUCGCUGAAGUUUUAGCAAAAGCAUAUAACUUUCCCUAAAAUUGGCUCUUUUUUUUUUUUUUUUAAAGGCCUGGAGAUUAGUUUUCUUAAAAAAAAAUGAUAAGGAAAGAAGGCAAAGGAAGUAAAAAUUUCAGCUUCCAUUCUUGGUAAAUUUGUGGAAAGCUUUAGGAAAUAUAAAAUUACAAGCCUUAUGGAAGAAUGAAUAUAGUUUCUGGACAGGCAAGUGUCACCUCCCCAAAUUUUUUAGAGUUAUUUUAAGGAGUCAACCUGAUUGAUCUUUUAGCUGGAUGCUUUAGCCAACAUCUUCAUCAGGGCAUCCUGAGUCAACCUACCAAUCAAGGGAGAAGAUCAUUCCUUUCAUAGAUGUUGCAAGACCGAGAAAGAGAGAACAAACGUAAUGCGAGUUUUGAGGGAUGAGGGAUGCCAAGAAAAUAAGGUCAUCCAUAUGAUCUGUAGGGAAAUUGGGGCAUUUUAAUAAAGCAGUUCCAAAAUGAUCUAGCGAUGAGCAGCCUAGAGCAAGCAAAGCGGUUGAAUUUGCAGAUGAUUCCUGAUGGAGGGGAAGUGUCAACCGGCUCUCGAAGGGGGAGCCCCUCAAAGGGCUCCCAAGUGAGAUUCCUUCUCAUUGCAUGGAAGAACCGUCACCUAAAUUUCGUUACAGGUCUUGGGGUGGUUGUCCACAGUCUGAGGAAUAUCUUGACCCACCCAAUGGGACACCAGGCUUCAUCAAAUCAGUUAGAGGCCUCGAGGCUGCAACGCACAACUCUGCUUUCCUAAAUCUGUAAAUGUUGUAAGUAAAGGCAUUUUUACAAAAAGUGA